GGCUGCACGUGCACGGCGGCGGAGGCUUUGGCGCGGUUGACCAUGCGUCGUGCCAACCUGACUUAAAAGUCGUAGCAUCGGGAGCCUCCCCCUCACUUGACCGCCCGUCGAGAAGGCGCGUACGGUAACUUACACACAUUGAGAGAAGCAGGAGACCCCCGGCCGAGUGUGUAGUUGCAGGGCUGCUCCAUGGCGCAGAACUCCGCGUACCUUGUGCCAUUCGCGCUCUUCUUCUUUGGGAUCGUUGCUAUUAUGCUGCUCACGAUCAGGACCGAGGAGACCCUAGGGGUACCGGAUUUCAUGUAUGGCGUCGUUGUGGACGCAGGCUCCUCCCACACAGCCAUGUAUGUCUACAAGUGGCCGGCAGACAAGCAGAACGGCACGGGCCUGGUCACUCAGCACCGCGAGUGUCUCGUGAAGGGAGGUGGGAUUUCCAGCUAUAUGGGCCAAUCAGGCGCAGCAGGGCGGAGCCUGGAGGCCUGUCUGGACAAGGCAGUGGUGGACAUCCCUAAAGCAAGGCAUCACCUCACCCCCAUCUACCUGGGAGCCACCGCGGGCAUGAGGCUGCUGACUCUCACGCACCCCAACGCCUCCGCACAGAUACUGAAGGAAGUCGGCCAAAAGAUUCAGUCGUACCCUUUCAACUACAGCGGGGCGGCCAUCCUGAGUGGCCAGGCUGAGGGCGCCUAUGGCUGGGUCACCGUCAACUAUCUCCUAGAGAACCUCAUCAAGUACGGUUUCGUGGGCCGCUGGCUGAGCCCCGACCGACCCACGGUGGGGGCCCUGGACCUGGGCGGGGCCUCCACCCAGAUCACCUUCCUGACGGAGCAGCGGCUGGAGGACAAGCGCGACGUGAUGGAGCUCCGUCUGUACGGCCGCGACUACUCCCUGUACACUCACAGCUUCCUGUGCUACGGACUCGACCAGGCGCUCAACAUGCUGCUGGCUCAGCUCAUCAAGUCUCAGUCAUACGGCCAGUCUGGGGCGGUGUCCCAUCCCUGCUACCCCACUGGCUACGAGGUAACCUUGGAGAUGAGCCUGGUGUUCGACUCCCCCUGUACAUCGAGCAGCCGGCCUGUCCCCGCCCGCCCCCUCCUGGACGUCUUGGUGAAGGGGACGGGGCACUACGACCAGUGCCUGGGCAACGUCUCCCAGAUCUUCAGCUUCAGCCCUUGCCCCUUCUCCAAGUGCUCCUUCAACCAGGCGUUCCAGCCCAACGUCACCGGGAGCUUCAUGGCGUUCUCUGCCUUCUACUACACCCACGCUUUCCUGGAGAGAACCACAGGGAUCUCCGUCUCCAGCCCCUCGGAGCUGGAGGAAGCCGCCAAGGCAAUCUGUGGGAAGACCUUCGCUGAGCUGGAGCGUCUGGCCCCGGAGCAGAAGUCCCGGCUGCAGCAGUACUGUGCCACGGCGGCCUUCAUCAGGGUGAUGUUGCUGCGGGGCUACGGCUUCGACCGCACGUCCUUCCACCACAUCUCUUUCCAGAAAAAAGCGGGGGACACGUCGGUGGGCUGGGCCCUGGGCUACAUGCUCUCCCUCAGCAGCCUCCUGCCAGCAGAGGGCGCCCCCGUCAUGAGGUCCCUGACCCACGGGGCCUGGGCGGGGCUGCUCUCCCUCUUCAUGCUCCUCCUCAUCGUCGCGCUCCUGUUCACCCUCGUCAAGGCCAUGGCUGUGAUGAAGAAGAGGAGAGGAGGAGAGAGCCACAUCUAGUCGCGUUCACAGUAAAAGCCCCCGUGGGCUUAGACCAGAAUGAAAUGGGAUUUUUCACUCACUCGCGUCGUUAUGCCAACCACCCACACAUCGCCUGUGAAUAUAUUGUGCCCUGUCUGAGUCGUAGUGUUUGACAGUAGUUCACCAGCCUAUGCGAAGACCCCAAUUUAGAUUUCAUUCUAGGCACACAGGGGUCUUAGGAGCCUGUGUAGAAGUAAAACUGAGUGUGCUUUUUUUCCUAAUGUUUUUGUUUUUUUGUGUUUGACUGGCGUAAACCGAAUCUAAAAUGCCCUCUGGGACAUAUGGCGUAAGGGGUCAUGUAAAGCCAGCUGGUUGCCAUCUGGGUCCUGUAUGAACCUGUUUGGGUUUAUUUCAGCAGUUUGACUGGCUCGCUAUACAUUUACCCACUUAUUGUAAGUCGCUUUUGAUCAAAGCGUCUGCUAAAUGCCCUUAAUGUUAAUGUUAAUGGAUAUAACCAAGGUGUUCAAUAAUUUUACACCAAAUAUAACAACAAAUUGUUGCAUUGAUUUACAAUUAUUUCAUUGCUUCCGUGAAUAAAAGAUUGUCUGUAA